AUGUUUGAAGCGUUGUUGGGAAAUGCUACGAUAUUAAAAAAGCUUAUUUCAGCUAUCAAGGAUCUUAUUACAGAAGCCAAUCUUGAAAUAACUUCUGAAGGGAUCAGCAUUAAAACAAUGGAUUCUUCCAAAAUUGCCUUAAUAAUUCUCACAUUGCAAGCCGACCAAUUCGAUGAAUACCACUGCAGCCAUCCCGAAACCAUCGGAAUCUCAAUACCAAAUCUAUCGAAGUUUCUCAAUUUGGCUAAUAAUAACGAAACGGUCACACUCAAAAUUGAAGACAAUUCCAUAAGGGGUAGUUUUUUUUCUAUAAAAUUACUAAUUUUUUUUGAAAUCCACAUGAAAAAGUCCCAAUGGAAAAGAAUUCACAGUCAUAUUUUAGGAAUUUGGUGCUUUUAUGACAACUUGACAAUUCCAAUGUCCUUUCAUUAGCAUUUGCAGGCUUAGACAACAAGAGGACUAGUGAAUUCACCUUAAAUUUGUUAGAUAUUGAGCUUGAAAACUUUGGGAUUCCUGAACAAGACUACUCUGUAUAUGCAAAAGUCCCAAGCUUAGAGUUUGCAAGAAUCUGCAGGUCAUUUUGUCCUGCACUAAACCCUAUAUCUUUGUCAAUUGAUAAAGAAGCACUUAAUUUUGAAUUUGUGAAUGAGGAUAUUGGAAGUGGGGUGGUAUCGCUAAGACCAGCUGAAAUACCAGACCAUAAAAUGGUUUUGAGAGUGACGCAGCCGGUAAGCAUGGAUUUGAACUUGAAAUACCUCAACCAUUUUAAUAAAGCGUCAUGCCUGUCUGAAGAAGUCUCAAUUUCUAUGUCGAGCGACGCACCUGUGAUGCUACAAUUCAAAUUUUAUCUGGGAGAGCUAGCUGCUCUCUUGCUUAGCGAGCAAAAUCAUUCGAAAAUUACUUUUUGAAAUAUUAACCAAGUAACUAAUAGAUUAUGCUGUAUUAAAUAUUUUAAUAUACAACUAAUGAUCAUAAUAAUGAAUUUCUAGCUAAUUCUGUUUAUAUUAAACUUUGCAUCCUAAAAUAAAACUUAUAAAUCAAUUUAGAUUUUCAUAUCAAAUAUUUUAAAUCCGAGUAUUAAAAAUUAACUGACUCUUGUUAUCGGCAAAAAAAAUCUGCACUUUAAGAAAGAAGAAAAUAAGAUAUUUUCUUGCUCCUGGGAUUAGAGAUGAAAAUUAA